GGCUGAACCAUACCGUACUCACCUCACAAUCCAAAACAAAGGACUAAAAGGAGAGGGACUGAGACAAAAUACGCAUACAUGGCCGAGCGUCUCUGGCUCACACUAUCACCAUCGUCAAUGGCUUCUUUCGGUGGCGCCGCCGCCGCUUCUCGCCUCCUUCCCUCCGCUACCAAAGCCUCGCUUUCUUUCUCUACCUUUUCUUCUCCUCCUUCGCUCUCUCUCUCCUCCUCCUCUUCUUUCUCUUCCCUCAAAUCUCUCCGAUCUUCUCCUCUCAUCUCUCACCUUUUCCUUCACCAGAAGAGAUCGUCGGUUCAUGUCUCCGCUAGCGGUUUCAGCACAGUUGCUUCUCCAACUUGUUUCGCAUCUGAUCCUGACCAGUUGAAGAGUGCUAGAGAAGACAUCAAAGAGCUUCUCAAGACUAAAUUUUGCCAUCCUCUUUUGGUUCGCCUUGGUUGGCAUGAUGCUGGCACUUAUAACAAGAAUAUCAAGGAGUGGCCACAAAGAGGUGGAGCUAAUGGAAGUUUAAGAUUUGAAAUUGAGCUUAAACAUGCAGCCAAUGCUGGUCUUGUAAAUGCACUUAAACUCCUCCAGCCUAUCAAAGAGAAGUAUUCCACUCUGACAUACGCAGACUUAUUCCAGUUGGCCAGUGCUACUGCUGUGGAGGAGGCUGGAGGCCCCAAAAUCCCUAUGAGGUAUGGAAGAGUGGAUGUGUCUGGACCUGACCAAUGUCCGGAAGAAGGGAGGCUCCCUGAUGCUGGCCCGCCUUCACCUGCUGGUCAUUUACGUGAUGUUUUCUACAGGAUGGGAUUGAAUGACAAGGAAAUAGUUGCUCUGUCUGGUGCACACACAUUAGGGAGGUCCAGGCCAGAUCGCAGUGGUUGGGGAAAGCCAGAGACAAAAUAUACGAAAGAUGGACCAGGAGCGCCGGGUGGACAGUCUUGGACAGUGAAGUGGCUGAAGUUUGAUAAUUCCUACUUCAAAGAUAUUAAAGAAAGAAGGGAUGAAGAUCUACUGGUUUUGCCAACAGACGCUGCUCUUUUUGAAGAUCCAUCAUUUAAGGUAUAUGCUGAGAAAUAUGCUGAGGAUGAGGAUGCAUUUUUCAAGGACUAUGCCGAAGCUCAUGCCACACUCAGCAACCUUGGAGCAAAAUUUGAACCUCCUGAGGGUAUCGUGCUAGAAGAUGGUGCUGCACCAGAAAAGUUUGUGGCAUCCAAGUACUCAUCGGGAAAGGAUUAAAUUACAAGUAUCUUGUAGUUUUCUUGUGCCGUUUCUUUUAAUAACACAAGAUGAAGCUAUUAUCAAAUCCUGUGAACUCACAUCUAAAACUUGGAAGUCUAAAUGGAAGAGUGGAAUAAAUUCAACGAGUGUUGUUGCCUAUUUGCAUUGCAGAGAGAGCUGUCGGAUUCUAUGAAGCAGAAGAUUCGAGCAGAAUACGAAGCAAUAGGGGGAAGCCCAGAUAAGCCUCUCCGAUCAAACUAUUUCCUUAAUAUUAUGAUUGUGAUUGCUGUUUUGGCACUUUUGACAUCUCUGGUUGGAAACUAAGUUGGUAUUUUUGAGGUUUCAUAUAGAAGUCACAUUUCUUGUGAUUUGGCUUGUA